UUCAAAGCUGAACUAGAUCCGUUACUUAAACCACGGUUCCUCAAAUAAAAAAAUUUUUCAAAUCAUUCAAAUGUCGGGCAAAAAUAAACAAAUGUAAUCGUUCUCAAGUAAACAAAUAUCUCGCCGCACUUAACUAUACUCAAUACUAAACAAAUAUCAUCGCUAAGUGUUCAUAGUCGAUCUUUCAGGCUAAAGGUUUUCAAUAUAUUAUACACUUUCAGCAGUAUGGCUUCUCUUCGUAUCUUUAUGAGAAAAGAAAUCAGAUUUCAUAAUAUUUGGUGCCCAAUAAUGUCGAACGUUCGAAGUGUACUAUAUCCUUCUACUCAUCUCGAUCCCAUUCCUAAUCGUGAGUAUUUAGAUCAGCUGGAAGAGGAAGGUAAGUUGGAUGCCCUGAAAGUUAUGCCUGUUAAGCCAGCUCCAUCAACUAUGACCAAUUCAUUGUAUGAUGAUCCAGAAUUCAACUACUUUACAAGUCUACUUAUGAAGUGGAGUCAAAGAUCUCUCGCUCGGAACUUGAUGUACGAAGUUUUUGCCAGAAUUAAACGCAUACAACUGGGGAAAUAUCAUGCCGCUACCGAGGAAGAAAGAUCUAGCAUUGAGUUAGAUCCAAAGAAAAUAUUUUAUUCCGCUAUUCACAAUUGCAAGCCAGUUUUAACAGUUACACCAGUAAAAAAGGGUGGUAUUACUUAUCAAGUACCUGUCCCUGUGUCUACCAAACAUUCUAAAUAUAUGGCAAUGAAAUGGCUUAUAGCGGCAGGUAGAGACAAAGAAGGACCAACUCAUUUUGUGGAACAAAUGACUAAAGAGCUUCUAGAUGCUUUUUAUAAUGAGGGCAGAGUUGUUAAAAGAAAACAUGAUUUGCACAAACUUUGUGAGAAUAACAAGGCUUAUGCUCAUUAUCGGUGGUCAUAAAUUUUGAUUAAUCCACAUCUAUGUUAGCUACUCUCAAAUCAAAAGAAAAUUGUUAUGCAUUGAAUAGGUGGUAUUAAAAUGGUAUCCAUUUUAAAAUUGUAGUGUUAACAAUAAAUUUUGUAUUGUAAAAUAA